UUCUGCUGUAUAAAUAAAGACGUCCCUCAUUUGCCGUAGAAAGUGGAAAGCAUCGUUGCGAUUUGCGAAGAACAUCUCUCUCUAUUUUCAUUGGAGGGAUUGCGAGGGAGCGAGAGGGGUAGAUCUCCCUCUGUUUUCAUUCUCAGGUCUCAGAAUACCAUUAAGGGAAAAAGAUGGGGCUGUCUUUCACAAAGCUUUUCAGUCGUCUGUUUGCUAAGAGGGAGAUGCGUAUACUCAUGGUGGGUCUUGAUGCCGCUGGUAAGACCACCAUUCUCUAUAAGCUCAAGCUGGGAGAAAUUGUCACCACCAUUCCUACCAUUGGAUUUAAUGUGGAGACUGUGGAAUAUAAGAACAUCAGCUUCACCGUUUGGGAUGUUGGUGGUCAGGACAAGAUCCGUCCUUUGUGGAGACAUUACUUCCAAAACACCCAAGGACUUAUAUUUGUGGUUGAUAGCAACGACCGAGACCGUGUAGUUGAAGCUAGGGAUGAGCUGCACAGAAUGUUAAAUGAGGAUGAGUUGAGGGAUGCAGUGCUGCUAGUGUUUGCAAACAAGCAAGAUCUCCCUAAUGCCAUGAAUGCUGCUGAGAUAACUGAUAAGCUUGGCCUUCACUCCCUCCGUCAACGUCACUGGUAUAUCCAGAGCACAUGUGCCACUUCUGGUGAAGGGCUCUAUGAGGGACUUGACUGGCUCUCGAACAAUAUUGCAAAUAAGGCAUAGAUGGCAUGAUUCUAAGUUUUAGGUUGCAACGACUGCUGGAAUAUAAGUUGCAUUUCUUUCUUUAAUGUUCUGGACUCGCUAUCCUGUUUAGUGACCUUUUCUACCGGAUUAUAGUUACCCUUGCAGACACAUCUUUAUUGCUUGUAGUUUCAGAAGAAUUCUUAAAAAUUUUCUCGAUAUUAUCACCUCGACAUUCUGGACAGGAUUGUAUUUACAGUUGUCAUGUGAAUGUAAUGGCAUUUACCUUUUGUUGGAAA